AUGGAGGCUAAAGCUAUGAUUCCUGAGGAUGAUCUCUGUUGCUCUGUAUGUUGUGAUAUUUUUAAAGAGCCUGUUGUUCUGAAAUGCAGCCACAGCUUCUGUAGAGUGUGUCUGCAGCAGUGCUGGGAAGAGAAGAGCUCUCGAGAGUGUCCCAUCUGCAGGAGAAAGGCCUCUAGGGAGGAACCUCCUCUUAGCCUGGCCUUAAAAAACAUUGUGGAAUCUUACUUAAAGCAGAAGACUGAGAGAGAAACUGCAGACAAGACUGAGGCUCGCUGUAGUCUUCACGGAGAGAAACUUGUUUUAUUCUGUGAACAUGACAAAGAGCUUCUCUGUUUCAUCUGUCAGACUUCAAGAAAACACAGAAACCACGCGGUCUGUCCAGUGGAAGAGGCCGCUCUGGAGCUGAAGGAGGAACUCAAGCCUGCACUUAAUCUUGUUAAAGAAAAACUGAAGAAGUUUACUGAGGUUGAACAAGGAUAUAAGAAGACAGCAGAACACAUCAGGAGUCAAGCCCAGCACACAGAGAGGCAGAUAAAGGAGCAGAAGAGUCGGAUAAUGGAGGAGAAGCAAGAACACAUCAGUGGAGACAUCUCCACCCUUACAGACAAAAUCACAGCUAUAGAGAUGGCCAUGGAGACCGAAGACACCUCCUUUUUAAAGGACCCAGAGCUGCUCUCAGGGGCGCUGAUAGACGUGGCCAAACACCUGGGCAACCUGACGUUCAGAGUCUGGGAGAAGAUGCUGGGGAUGGUGCAGUACACUCCUGUGACGAUGGACCCCAACACUGCACAUGCCAAUCUCUCUCUCUCUGAUGAUCUGACCACUGUGAGAGACACCGAUACAGCGCAGAACUGUCCUGACAACCCAGAGAGAUUUAACCCCAGUGUGUGUGUGCUGGGAUCUGAGGGGUUAACCUCAGGGAAACACAGCUGGGAGGUGAAGGUUGGGAAUAAACGUGAGUGGGAUGUAGGAGUGGUGAAAGAGUCCAUCAACAGGAUGGAAGAGCUAACAUACAGCCCAGGGAAAGGAUACUGGGUCAUAGCGCUGAGGAAUGGUGAUGAGUACAGUGCACCAGGAGCUACUGACCUCACACUGGAGAGGAAACCCCAGAGCAUCAGGGUGCAGCUGGACUAUGACGGGGGGGAGGUGUCCUUCUUCAACUCCAGUGACAUGUCACUCAUUUACACUUUUAAACACACAUUUACUGAGAGGCUGUUCCCAUUCUUCUCUCCCUGUUUGAGAGAUGACAGUAGGAACGAUGAGCCCCUGAAAAUCUGCCCAGUGAAAGUCUCAGUAACAGUGACGUCAUCCCAGUGA